UAUUGAUUUGACCAAUUUAUGAGUGAAAUGUUAAAGUUCCUACUGUUUUUAUUAACUUUCUGGCGGUUUGAAAAGAGACUGGAAUGUGAUGAAAGAAUUUUGGGAGAAAAUAUAUUUCGUACCCCACCACGAUGGCCAAGCGCAGGGCCGGGCCUAGCCGGGUGAUAGCAUGUUUCUUACAGGGGAUAUUGGGAGUUUCAGUACUCUGUAAGGCGUAAAGAUGGCGAGUUUCUCUGAUAACCGUUCUGAAGCAGCCCAAUGCAGCAACAGUAGGGACCGCCGGAGCAGCAGCAGUAAGCCUCACAUAUCAUGCCACAGUCCACUCAAACCAAGCUACCUUCCUCCUGAAGAUAGAAUUGUCCGCUGGGCAAGCUGGGAAACUCUGAAUUUUAGAUAUAAAGCCCCCCUCAAGCCUUCUAGAAAACCAGGUUCAGCAUCAGGAUCCAAGAAGAAGCAAGUAAAGCCCAAGAAAGAGGCAAGCAAAAGUGGCUGCCAAGACUCCAAAAAGUACCAUUCCAAACAGAAAAAAGAUCCUGAUAAAACAGAUCAUCAGGAAGCAAUGGCAGAGUCAGACACCCCUUGUGUUGCUGCCGCAGCAGAGGACAGCACCUCUUGUGCAGAUGGUCCUCUGACCUCUGAUGACCUGGAGCAUGCUGGCUGUCACGUCAGUGCAUUGCCCCAAUGCUGCUUGCUCCGGAUCUUCAGCUACCUACCCAUCGGUGAUCUCUUGAGGACGGGCUUGGUUUGCCAGGCAUGGCGUCAGCUUUCACUGGAUAAGAGCAUCUGGAGAAGUGUGGCUCUUGAAGAUGCCAACAUUUUGAGCUGGAAGAGAGCAGCCAAGGCCUUCCAGAUCCACGGCACCAUUGCCCUAGAUUUUUACAACAUGGAGAACAAAGGAACAGCCAACUGGGACAGCAUGUACUGCGUUUUUAAGAAGCUGCCUGGCUUGCAGUACCUGCGCUUUGGGUAUGUCUACACAGGCUUACUUACGAAGAUCAUCCAGCACCUCCCUGACUUGAAGGUUCUAGAAGUCUGCUGGCUUACUGAUGAGAACUCAGAACCCUUGGAUGGAGUUACCUUUGACCUUGGGAAAUUGAGCAAACUAAUCCAUCUGGAGGAGCUAAAGAUCCGAUCAGUCAGCAGCCUGCUACAAGCCUCCAUGUCUUUCUCUGGUGGCCUGGCAAGCAUAGAAAAGCUGAAACAUCUACGGAAGUUGUCACUGACAAGUCUACACGAAUCGAGGAUCAUGCCAUCUGAAUAUCAGUUCUUGAAUAAGCUGCCAGAUCUUGUGGAGCUAGAACUUGGAGACUGUGGCAACUGGAGGGCAGAGACAUACAGUAUCUUGGGUAAACUGACCAACCUGCGUAGUUUAAGACUGGAGAAUGGAGGUUGCUGGUGUGAUGAGGAUUUUACACCACAGUGUACAUGCAAUAUCUCAGAGUCACUUCGAAAAUUGACAGGGUUAGAGAAGCUAGAACUUAUCAUGUACACCAUGCCGAGCGACAUCAACCCUGCGUUGCAGUGCCUGGUCAAGCUGCAGUCUCUCACCUUUUGGCCCAUGGUCUGUCUACGAGGUCAUGUGAUGGGACCUUGUGCCGCAGGAUGUGAAGCGCCGCUGAUUCAGACCAAUUUGGACAGGUGCAAUGCCCUGGGCAAUCUUAGGCACCUGUGCCAGUUGACCUGGGGGGUCCCCAUCAUCACCUUUGACACCCCGAGGCAGGACUACCCAUACAAUGUAACCACAGAGACGGCCGUCAAGAGCGCAGCGGUGCGGUCCCUCACCGAGAUACUGGCCAAGCAGCUGCCAGAGACGGCCGUCAACAUCUUGAUCGUGCCGGUGGUCAUGAGCAAGGACCACUACGAGCACUCGUUUUUCGACUUGGCCGACGAUGAUGAUGACUCAAGCGGCUGGAGCUCGGACAGCGAGUACUGGGACACGGAUGACUCAGACAGCGACGGAGACCACGGAUGUGCAAUGGACUUUGGUAUUCCAUUCGGCUAUUAAGUGCACUGGUUCUGGACGAGUGAGAGUUCGUUAGUACAAUGGAUGAGUGAGCAGUUCAUUAGCUACAUUGUCCCUCUGGGCCAAUACGUCACACGUUUACUCACACAUCCUUACACAGCUAUACUUGUGGGGUAUUCCCUUUGUUCUUGUGUACAAAACUCCCACACAACAUGCAAAAAAAU